AUGCUGUCCAAGUCCUUCAUCGCUGCUGCUCUCGCCCUCGCCGUUUCGGCGCAAACGUCUACCGACUGCAACUGCCCCGCCGAUGCCGCCGUCGGCAAAAAGGGCAUCAACUGCGACUUCACCAAGGGAGCCUGCGACGCCUUUGACCACAUCGCCGGCAAGGCCGUCACUUACGGCCCGCGCGGCGCCGUGAGCGCCGUGGAUGGCUCGUUCCAGGCGCCGACGCUCGUCUCCAAGGCGGCGCUCUUCUUCGGCCGCGUCGACGUCGAGAUGCAGGCAGCGCCCGGCAGGGGCAUCGUGACCAGCCUCGUGCUGCUGUCCGACGACCUCGACGAGAUCGACCUCGAGGCGCUCGGCUUUGACAACGCAAACAUCCAGUCCAACACGUUUUCGCGCGGCGACAAGGACAAGCACGACCUGCUCGGGCUGCUCCCCGUCGCCGACCUCACCGGCGCUAGCCACCGCUACACGGUGGACUGGACGACGGAGCGCAUCGAGUUCUACGUCGACGGCGCGCUCAAGCGCACCCUUAAGCGCGCUGACAUCCCCGACCGCUACCCCGAGAGCCCCAUGCGCGUCCGCUUCGGCGCCUGGGUCGCCGGCGGCGACGGCAACCAGCCCGGCACCAUCGAUUGGGCCGGCGGCCGGCCCGACUUCUCCAAGGGCCCGGCCGCGUCGUACUUUAAGAGUGUCACCGUGGUCGACUACGCCGGCGGCAGCUCCGCCACCGACAAGGACGUCAAGGAGUACUCGUACGGCGACCGCACCGGCAGCUCCAAGAGCAUCCGCGUCCAUCUCGCCGAUGGCAGCACCCCCAGCGGCGACAGCCCAUCCGCGACGACCAAGUCGAGCUCGAGCGAGUCGUCCGUCACUGGCACCACGUCUGCCAAGAAAGCGGCUUCUACCACGGAGAGCACCUCGACGACGAGCGAGCACGCGAGCAACUCGACCAUCACCACCAAGACGGCCACCUCCAGCACCGCCAAGCAUACCCCUACUGGCUCGAGCCCGGCUACCACGCCGAGCCUCGGCGCGGCUGUUGGUCUGAGCAUUGGUGCGGGUGUCGCUGCCGUGGCCGCCUUUUUGGCACUCUAA